AUGCAGCAGAGGAAGCUCCCUCCNCCUCCGAGAUCUCAGUUCCUUAUUGUUGUGAAUCUACCGGAGGCCGAGGCCACCAUUGCCCAGGCUCGUCUGGACCACAACUUGCAGCUGCUAAGGUCCCAUAUCAUUACCUUGUUUCAUGGCGACGAAGUGGAACCGAUCAGAGUAAAAGCGGCAUUCAGGCUUGCAAAACCCCGCCAGGACUAUUCUCCACGACCAAUGAAAGUGGUUCUUCGAGCAGAAAGCGAGACAAAAGCGAUACUCCAGCGGACCCCGAAGCUGAAGGGAACUUCGGUGCGAUUCCUCAGGGAUCUUGCUCUCGACCAGCGCAGUAAAAAGAAAACUGCAUAA